AUCACGUCGUUCUCGUCGUCGUCGUCGUCGUCGUUGUCAUCAUCGUCGUCGACAACCUAAAACCACGUUUCAUCGUUUCGUGUGUGUGUGUGCUUGUGUGUGUGUGUGUAUUCUAGUGAGACGCUUAUCCAUCCAUAUCCAUCCGGUGGUAGACAGGUAUCACAGCAGACUGUGCAAGCAGACCGCAUCCUACCGAACAGGAGUGUAGCUUAGCAACGACCACGGGAUGUGCUCAGUAGCCUCGUGAUCGGCUGUCAACAUUCGUCGGAACAGGGUAACGUUUAGCCGGCUAGGAACGCACAUCACUCUGCUCAUCUGGUGCUGCUGCUGCUGCUGUCACUCGACACCGACACUAUCGGACGAUUCGAUCAGUUGGGCGGCGGCGGUGUCAUCGUCGCCGACGUUGACGUUCACUCCGAUCACCGAUUAAACGUCGCCUCGGUGUCCCGGUGAACGUGGAGUCUGUGUUCUAAGUGAUAAUACCCGGUGAGUUUCAUCAUAAAAAUGGCAUCACCUGGACCUGGGCUGCGGCGUUGAGUGAUUUACGGAGAGCAAUAAAUCCCCCGAAAAGGUGCCGCAACGCACCACCGGCAUCACUACCACCACCACCAUCAGAGCAACCCCUGCGUGCUCUGGUUGUUUGCGUGAUCAUCGCAGUAACCUGGUGUGUGUCGCUGUGUGUCGCACGUCCUUAUCAAACGCUUGCGUGCGUACGCUCCCGUGUGUGUCUGCCUGGUGUGUGUGUGUGUGUGUGUCUGUGUGUUUGUGUACGAAUGUUUUGCUGAUAGCGAAGGUCCGUUUGGAAGGUGUUCUGUUGUUUUGGUGUCGACGUGGAGUGGCGUAGGCGCGUCGCCAAGUGUUUUCCGGUGCGGUGUGUACCGGGGUGAACCAAACGGAUUAGCGCAAAGGAAGAAGAAAAAGAAGUAGAAGAAGACGACACCGGGCACCACAGCCCGGAUUCGUGUAUUCGUGAGCCAACUGACCAGUGACCGGUCGGCGAACAAACCGGAAGGCGACGGAACGACGCAAAGGAUUAUCCACGUCAGCAGUUGUUUCCCCCGGUGGUGUCCGCGGGCACCACAGGCCCCACCUCACAUCAACACCAGAGAAGACGCAGACGAAGAGACGCACCGUACGAAAUCAGCCCCCACCGGCAGCCAGGAGGAAAAUGAGGAAAAGUGAGCGAUCAACUGCCUGCUGGGCACUCGGGUUGCUGCUCGGUCUGGCCGCCAGCUGCGGAUUAAGCCACAGCUUCCCGGAGCCAUUCAUUUCCACAAUUGAUACCGACGCACCAACCGUUGCACCGAAAUUUAUGACUCGAGGGCAUCUCUACAAGGCCAUCAUCGGCGACUCGAUCGAGCUGCCGUGCCGGGUAAAGGACUUGGGUACGUACGUGCUGCUAUGGCGACGGGGGACGUCCGUGCUGACCGCGGCCAAUCUGAUGGUGACGCGCGAUCCGCGCUUCAAGCUGGUCCAGGGCUACAACCUGCAGAUAGCGAACGUGAAAAUUCAGGACGCCGGUGACUAUAUAUGCCAGAUCGGUGAUAACGAGAGCCGGGAUCAGGUCCACACGCUCGAGAUUCUCGUGCCACCGACGAUACGGGUGGUGCCGCAGAACCGACAAAUCACCGCCCGGAAAGGCAGCACCGUAACGCUGGAGUGCAAGGCAUCCGGCAAUCCGGUUCCCGCGAUUUACUGGCACAAGAAGGAUGCCUUCACCGGUGCGUCCCAUCUGUCCGAAAGUCCGACCUUGCUGCUGGAGCGCGUGGAUCGACAUCAUGCCGGCAUUUACCAGUGUACCGCCGAUAAUGGCGUCCGGGAGGCGGUCCAUGUGGACAUCGAGGUCACGGUGCUAUCACCACCGGACAUUACGGUCGAGAAGACGUGGGUUCACGCCAGCGAGGGCUUCGACAUCGAUCUCGCCUGCAUCGUCCACGGUGACGUCAAUUCCGAGAUGCUGUGGUAUCAAAACUCUUUCCUGCUGGAUCCCACCGAUCGACGGUCGAUGUUUUCGAAGGGCGACAAGUACACGCUCAACAUCAGAAACUUCCAGCAGUCCGACUUCGGCAACUACAGCUGCGUGGCGGACAAUGCCUUGGGGCGCACGAAGAAGUACAUCGAAGUUUCGGGCCGCCCCGGACCGGCCACCUUCCUAUCGCCGGCCUACAGUAACUAUCUCGAUCGCUACAACCUGACGUACACGAUAGAGUCCAUCCCGCCGCUCGACGAGAUCAAGCUGCUCUAUCGAAAGCUGAUGAUGAACGAAACAUAUCAGCAUCCGGGCAGCUGGGAGGACACGAUUUUAGUGCCAACAUUAACCAGAUCCGAUGCUACACAUUUUAUUAUGUCGCAUGUGAUAAGAGGACUGUCGCCCAACUCCGUCUACGAGGUGAUGAUCCAGGCGCGGAACGUGCACGGCUGGAACGAGAUCAGCGAUAUUCACCAGUUUUACACGCGCAACUUUGAGCUGACACCGAACGAGCUGGAAUUCGUAAUGAGCUCGAUCUCCAACAAUGGUCAACCGAAGCGCUUCUCCGGAGGGUUCCGGCACCAAGUGCUGCUGCUGCUGCUGUUACUAGUGCUGCUGCUCGUUGCUGCCACAAACGGACACACCUUGCCCUUGCGCAACCUCAACCCGUUGCGUUAAGUGAAGUAGCAGCAGUAGGAUGGAUGGAUGGAUGCACCGACAGGAUGGAAGACCGCGGAGGCAACGGUAUUUUCAUUCUACUUUCUCUUAACGAUGGAUUGGAUUUUUCGUUUCUGCGUCUGCCGUUUUCUGCGAAUCGGUUUUUAACGGUUACUUUUUUCCGUGUAGCAGUGAGUCGUGUUAUGCAAGUUUUUUUUUAAAUUUUCUUUCUCUAACUCGAAUAUCUUAUCCCUCAUCAUACCUUCAUCAUCGUCCAAUUGUAAAGUAAGGCAAAUAAGUAGGGGUAAAUAUUUAGGCACCUCGAAGGAAGCGAAGAAAUUAGAAGGGAACCAGUCAGCGACACUUUAUACUCAAACGGUGGCUCGAUAUUAGCAGGAUCAGCAGCGAGAGGACGUUGCUGUGUGUGUCUGUGUGUGUCUGUGUGUGUUGAAUAGCAUAGCACGGCGAAAGUGAUAUAGCGAUAGAGAGUGCAGAGUGCGCGAUCGAUGUCUGUAGUAGAUCGCGAUACGGUUCCGCUUCUCUCUGUAUUGCAAAUUUACGCAGAUUGACAGGAUCAACAGUCAAGUGAACCCAGCGGCGUGUAACCCAGACUUAUCUAGAUGCCGUAAGCCGUAUACCCCGAGAUGCGG